UGCUACUCUGGGCCGCACCUGGCCGAGGCGGCUGAUCGCUGGCGAACCCAGAUGUUGGACGCCAAGCUGCGUGCGCCGCGCCCCCUUCCUUGAAAUCCAGCCCUCGGCGCGUCGUUUCCUUCCGCUUGCGCGUGGCCAUUUCCGCGCAGGCGCUAUGGGGGUCGCUCCUCCGCGCAAAACUCAAGGCUGGUCCUGUCUCCUACCGUCUGCGGUGAUAGCUCUUCUGCCGCGGCUUGUCUUCACAGAUCCCAACUUUUCGAUGGAUUUUUGAAAUGUUCACACAGGGGCCUUCACCCUACUCUGACUACACUCACGGUUCCAGUUUCAAGAUCUUACUGGCUUCCCCAGUAUCUUGGAAGUUCUUGGAGAGCUGGCAUGAUGUCCUACUGGCCUGUAUGGUAAGAUGGUUUUAACACCAGGUAACAGUAAAUAAGGGAGAAAGGAAUUUAGCACAAUAGGAUUUCAAAACCAAUGUAGAACCACUGUGUAUGGUACUCCAGGUCUUCCUUUUUUUUCCUUCUUUUUUCAAAUUUGUUUCUGCACUUUCUCCUGGCAGCCAGUUCCUGGAGCCCCAGGGUAGUGAUCUCCUUACUGGCUUCCUCAUCUUUUCUUGUAUACUCCUUAGUCCAUUUUCCUAACUUUUUACUCCCAUUCCAUUGAGGGUUUUCAUGUGGGCACCUGGGGUGGGUUGUAGAUAGUAGUGCUAUUUGGUUUGGACUUCAUAUUCACCAAGAUUUGAAUAAGACUCUAAAGUUAUUUUCAGAUGAGACCUACACUGACAGAUCAGAGUGGUGUUCACUUGGCAACUUUAUUUAAUAACUUAAAAAAUCUAAAAUAGGCUGCAAUUUAGUAACCCAGUCUUGUCAUGUCUCCAUUUUUUUCAUUGUUUGAAGGCCUCAGAAAUUGGCUUUGGCCUGGGCCUUUCUUAACUUGCGAGAAGCUUAACUUUGUGUUUUCUCUCUUCUGCCCCUCCUCACUUUCUCUCUGCUUCUUGUUUACACCCACCAGGGGACUGCAUGGUUGUUUCUCCUCAGGAAGCCUUUAGAGUUAGAACUUGAACUUUAAGAAAUUCUCUUCCUUGGCCGUGUGCCACUGCUGUUUAAAGAUGGAGACCACUCAAGAAGAGCAAGAAUGUAUCCUCAAUGAGGCCAGGAAAAAUGUCCUCAGAGAGAAUGGAAGACCCACUACCCUCCAGCCCAUCAUCGACGAGGCAUUCCCACUUAUGCGCCCGUAUUGGGACUUCGGGACUGCAGAAGGUAGGGAGCAUCUCCGGGUCUACCGCCAGACUCUGAUGACCGGUCUCCGGGCGGCCGCCAGACAGCCCACUAACCUGGCUAAGGUAAAAACUAUUGUUCAGGGGGAAAUGGAAAGCCCAGCGGCGUAUCUGGAAAGGCUGUUUGACGCUUACAGGCAGUAUACCGCCAUAAACCCAGAAGCAGAGGAACAUAGAUCAGCUGUAGUCCUCUCAUUCAUCAACCAGGCAGCCCCCGAUAUCCGGAGAAAACUCCACAAGCGGCAGGACCUGGGGGAGAUCUGUAUUAGAGAACUGCUGCAGCAGGCGGAGAAGGUCUUCAAUGCUAGGGAAACUCCGGAGGAUAGAGAAGAAAGGCUGAGGAAAGAGAAAUGGGUAAUGCAGGAGAAAAAUAGGAAGGAAGACAGAGAAUUUCAGAAGAGGGAGAACAAGAAGCAGAGGGGGGAGAUGGCCAGGAUAUUCCUGGCCGGGGUGAAGGAGGGCCCUAGGCCACCUCGAGGAACAGGACCCUACCAAUCCCGACUAGGACCAGAUCAAUGCGCCCUGUGUAAGAGAUAUGGACAUUGGAAGAGGGAGUGCCCCCAAAGGAGGGAACAAGGAAGAGGGAACCCUGUUAAGACCCUGCACCUAGGAGAGGAGGAUUGACGGGGACAGGGCUCGGCACCCCUCCCCAAGUCCUGGGUAACCCUGUGCGUGGACGGGACUCCCAUUGGGUUCAUGGUAGAUACUGGGGUACAAUAUUCAGUUCUUAACCAGGCCCACAGUCCCCUGAACCCAGGACGCACAAGUAUAGUCCAGGGAGCGACAGGGUCCAAGAAAUGUGCCUGGACCACUAGCAGAAAAGUGGACCUAGGAAGGCAUCAGGUCUCUCAUUUCUGGUCGUACCUGAGAGCCCCGCACCAUUGUUAGGUAGAGACUUACUAACCAAGGUUGGGGCACGCAUUCAUUUUGAACCCGAAGGGAUAAAAAUCAUGGACAAAGAAGGGCAGCCCCUACAACCAGCGCAUGUGUUAACUCUGUCCCUGGCCAACGAACAUCGUCUGUUUCAGGCGGAUCAAGAAAAGGGGGGCCGGGGAGAAAUGGACUCUUGGUUACAGAGGUUCCCUUCCACAUGGGCCGAGACCGGAGGAAUUGGUCUCGCUAAACACCUAUCCCCGGUCGUUGUUCAACUCA